AUGCAUAUAUAUUUAAUUCUAAUCUCGCUUGUCUUAACCAUAUAUGGUGUUGAAAAAUCAAAAUUAUUUUCAUAUAGGAUUAUUGCUUUAAAGGAUUAUGACUUUUUCAAUCAAUUACAAAUAGGUGAUUAUUUUAAUGAUUGAUUAGAUAAAAAAAUGGAGAAGCCUUGGUUAGUGUUCUUUUUUAUGGAGCAUGAAGAAAAAUCGAAAGAAUUUAUUCCAAUCUUUGACAAAUUAGCAGAGGAAUUCAAAGCAACGAAUAUGUACUUCUCAGCUGUUGAUAUGUAUUGAUUUCAUUUACAUUAGAUAUGAAAAUGAGGAUGUAAGAGAUAGAAUAGUAAUUUCGACAUUCCCAUAAUUAAUUUACUUUGAUAUGAAUAGUCUGAUGUAUAGAUAUAAUGGAGAAUUUACCUUUGAAUCAGUUUCAAAUUUUGUGAGGAAUGAAGAAUGGAAUAAACUCUAAGGAAAGAAGGUUCCUAAAGAAAUCAAUUAUUGGAAGAGAACAUUAAGAAAGCUGACUGGCUUUGUUGCAGUACUUAUACUAUUCAAAUAUAUAGAUUCUUAUUUAUUCAAUAAUUUUCACUAUUAUAGCAGUAAUAUGCUACUUUUAAAACAGAUCACACACCAUUUUGUUGAAGAAGAUCAGAAGAAUUGAUAUAGCACAAUAAAAUAUUUUAGAAAAGAAGAAGAAAUAUAUGAAAAUUGAAUGAGUUAUUUGAAAAAACUAUUUAUAUUAAAAAUUGACCAUCAACG